GUACCGGAAGAGUUCUGGAUGGCAUUCUGUGGAUCGCCUAAUCGCCCUGAUGAGGCCAUCGUUGAACAUGUACCGGAAAAUUUUGUUCCUGAGAGAAAACGACUCUACCAGGUGAAUAUCGGUAUGGGAUUUCUUGAGUUACCCCAGGUUGAUCUCCCUAAAGGUGUUGCGAAACAGGAACUGUUGAACACAAAAUGUGUUUACAUUCUUGACUGCACUUCCGAUAUUUUCCUUUGGAUGGGUAAAAAAGCAAACAGGUUACUGAAGAUGGCUGGGCAAAAAAUGGUCACGGAAUUGCAUGAGAUGAUUGAACGGCCCGAUUACGUGCAAGUGUCAAGGGAAACUGAGGAUGAGGAGUCCAUGAUGUUCCGAUCGAAAUUUGCUGGCUGGGAUGAUAUCGUACCCGUUGACUUCACUCGUACCUCAGAAUCCGUAAGCCGCGUUCCAGAUCUCAAGGUUCUUGUCAAGCGCGACAAUAUGAUGCGUACCGACCUAACAGCUUUGUUUCUUGACCGCCAACCAGCAAUGUCACCUGAAGAAAGUGAAGAAUUGCUCAACGAUUGCAACGAGGAUCUUGAGUUCAUUGAGUCAUUCGUAUUGGUAAGAGAUUCCUCUAGAAAGUCUGAAUUUAUGGUUUGGUGA